AUGCAGUACAUGGAGUGGGGCAUCAACGUGCCCAUUCUUUUCAUCUUGUCGGGCUACUGCAGCCUUGGCCGGCCCAUCUCGGAGAUCUCUCGCCCGCUGGUGGUGACCAACAUUUACGUGAUCUUUUGCUGGGCGGCCACUGCCACGGACUCAGGGCUCCUGAAGUGGCUGCUGAUCGCGGUGUCAUUCGCCAUGUACGCCUGGGCCUCUGUGGACAUGCUGGGUUGGGUCAGCGAGUUCGAGCGUGCGGCGCCCCGGGACUUGCCCAGCCGCAGCAUCCGGCCGUGGCUGUCCAACGGCCUGAUCUUGCACUUCAUGCUCUACGGCGUGGUGUACAUGUCCUCGGUGAUGGGGCUCAUUGAUGCCCAGACCGAGCGCAAGGGCUUCUUCGUGCUGACCUUCGGGGCUAAGAUCGCGUACUGCGCGGCCUUCGUGUUCAUCCGAGCGGACGAGUACCACAAGACCCUGACCGACGUGCUGCGCAAGGUGAGCGUCUCCAACGUCGGCAUGAUCUCCAUCCUGCGCGGAAGCUUCGACAUCAUCCUCCCGUGCGUGCUGGAUGGGGCCGGGCGCUGCAAGCUGCCGCCCCAGAUCUCCGGGGACAUGGAGAAGUUGGAGAAGAUCUUGGGCUGCCACGUGGCGGGCGCCAACCUGAAGGACCUGCUGGCCGGAGAGGAGGACCGGGCCGAUUUCUCGGCCUACGUCCGCAACGUGGUGCGCCAGGCCGACAGCCCCCAAGCCUUCAGCGAGGCGACGCUGACCACCGGCGGCGUGUGGUCCUGCGGUGCGUCCAUGCCGCCCAUCGCGCAGGUCUUGCACAGCAAGAUGAAGGCCAAGGGCCCGCAGAUGAAUGCGACGCUGCACCUGUCCGUUGUGCCGCGCUCGGCCGUGAGCAUGGGAAAGGAGCGGCACCUGGUGGCGGCCAUCCAGUUCUCGGCGACGGUGCCGGAGGACAAGGAGGCGGAUCUGGGGACAGGCUUUGAGAGCUUCAAGCACGAUGAUGCCUACGCCUCCACGGGCGGCUCCACACAUCCCCCCACGGACUCCGGGUCUUCCGGCAUCGUGGCGAACCUGGCGGACCUCAACAAGCUCGGGGCGUCUGCUCUUCUGCACGGCUCGGUGGAGGCAAGCGACACGGGCUCCAUGUACUGGGGACCCUCCAUGGUCUCAGACGAGACCAUGUCGCACCUGGGGGCCUUCAUGGAAAAGGCGGCCCUGGGAACGGUGGCCUUCGAUGCUCGCAUCGUGGGAGCUUGGGAGGGCACCACAAGCAAGGCCCUGGGCGCGUACAGCCAGCGCAUCGAGUUCCAGAACGACUGCAUCCAUGCGAGCAUCACCGUCAUGGGGCAGACCCUGGAGGGCCGCUUCCGCAUGAACUGCUCCACGGAGCCCUACCAAUUGGACAUCGAGGUGCUGCCCAAGGGCAGCAGCUGCCCGCCCCCUGCGAUCCCGUACAUCUUCAAGUUCCAGGACGGCCGUCUGCACCUCUGCGGCCCUGCGGACGGGCGCAUGCACCGGCCCAGCAACUUCGACGGCCCGGGCCUUUGCGUCAUGGACCGCGCGGGCGGAUUGACCACCAUGCCGACCAUGCCCAAGUCCGAUCGCCGCGAUCGCCUGGAGACCCGCAGCGUGCGCAGCGCCGGCGUCUUCGAGCCGGACCCCGAGUUCAGCCGCAACUCCACCGAGGAGCCACCCCAGAAGCCUGCCCAGAUCGCCCAGAUUGCCGAGAAGCCUGCCCAGAAGCUGAGUGGAGUGGUGAAUUGGGUGGAGGAGAAGCCAGCAGUGGCGGCGUCAGCCGCCCUGGCCCUGACCAGCGUGAUCCUUGCCCUGCGCAAGUCCCUCUGA